UGGGCACUGGUGGGUGGCACUACUGGGCACAGGUGGGCGCACUGCUGGGUGGCACAGGUGGGUGCAUUGCUAGGCACAGGUGGGUGCACUGCUAGGCACUGGUGGAUGGCACUACUGGGCACUGGUGGGCGCACUGCUGGGCACAGGUGGGUGCAUUGCAAGGCACAGGUGGGCGGAACUUGUGUGUGUGGCACUGAAGGGCACCGAUCAUCAGGGCACUGAUGAUCAGUGACCCUGAUGAUCGGUGCCGAUCCCCGCUCUGACAAGUGCCGGUUUUCGGCAGUACUUUCUUCAAGAUGUGACAGCAUGAGGAAAGUGCAGCCGAGAACCGGCAUUUGCAU